GCCAUUCUCCAGCGAACGACUGUGGCCGCUGGCCAGAUCAGGAUACAAGGCGUAGCAACCUGUUUGUUUCUCUGCAUGGACACCUGCGGGACAGUCUACGGAUCGAAAGACUUCACCGAGGAUUGCGUCUUCAACGAGCAGAUGGAGCAGCACCACUACAACACCUACAGCUCGACGCAGCAUUCGAACUCGCGGCGAACCCUGUACCUGGCGUUGAACAAAACCGGCCAGCCGCGCAAGAUCCAGAUCCCGGUCAAUCGAACGCUGGGCAAGCUGGCAACCUACACGAAAGCUCUCACCCAAACCGUAGCUCACGAUCGCGUGGAGCGAUUAAUUUCGAGACUAUUCGGGGCGAACCACGUCCGCCACGGGCUGAAGCAGCUGUGCGAAACGGGCCGGGCACUGCAGGAACUUACUGCGAAGGUCAUGCGGCCUCGGACAGCUUGCGGUCCUGCUAAGGCUCCGCAAAAUGCGGGACCUUCGGCCACCGGCUCGCAAGCGGUGACGGCAGCCGGUGGAAACAAAGACAAAGACAGUAAAGACAACAUGCGGAAGAAAAAGAAAAAGCGGCGGAAAUGCCGAGAAGACGAACCGGCGGGAGAGCAUUGCUUUAGGCCGCAGGGUGGUAGUAUAGGUACAAAUAGUGGUAGGAAAAAGCCCCCAGGGCUAGCGAAAAGUCAAAAGUGCAGCCCGGAUGAUGGCGAUUGUGUUGUUAGUCUUAGUAGUAGCAGUAGUAGUAGUAGCAGCUCCAGUGGCAGUCCAAACAGUGCAAAUAGUGUAAGUAUUAGCCGUAGUAGUAGUAGCAAUCGCCCAAGCGCAAGCCUAGCGAACGUACCAAAUGUAGGAGUUCAGCCCGCAGGGGCAGGCCCGAAGAAGAAGGUGAUGAAGAAAGUCAACUCGAAAAAUGCUCCUUCCAAUGUAAAUAGUAACAAUAAUAAGAAGCCCAAGAAGGGACCGGGCGGAAGUGGCGGAGGUGGAGGCCCCAACGCCAACAAGAAAGCCAAACAGCUGCAACAGAACACUAGCAGUAGUAGUGGUAGUAGCGCAAACAGCAGCAGCAGUAGCAGUAGUAGUAGUAGUACAGUGCCAUCAGUCCUGAGGGGUAGGGCGAAGACGACUCCGGCGAGGAAAGCACCUGCGCUGAGGUCUGCGAGCUCGACGCCAUCGACGACAACACCGGGUCCUCCGAUGACGACGCCGGCCAACCUCGACGAUACCUCGCAAUCGGAAGACGACCUCGAGGCCGAGCUCGAAGCGGACGACCUGGUGCACUCGUCGGCCGAGUUCAUCGAGGAGGACGAUCUCGACGAAGGUAACAUUAAUCUCACUGGUCAAUCUUUGAAUUUUGUGGAUGAGGAAGAUUUGGAUGAUAUGGAUUUCUGAAAGCAACAACGGUUCUAAAUUGUGUAUACUCUAUUAGAGAAUGGGGAUCCGCGUGGUCCCGGUUUGACGUAUUCUCAUUUACCACGUAGCUCGAGUAUCGGUUUUGAUAUGUUUUGUAUAGUUUCAUCACCUUAUCUAGUUUGACCGUUUCUGAUCAUAGAUAUAGUAGAACGUGUACAAAGUUUGAACGAAUCGCGUAGAAUGACUUGUGUUUUUGGUAGGAAACGAAAGCAGAAUGGUGUGACUAACGCGCAUGCUGCCGUCCGGGUGGAGUUGUAUCUGCCUUGGGACGGAAUCUUCAUGGAUGUUUAUAAUAUUGAUUGUAUAUAUGUAUAUCUUUUUAACCAACAGUAUUCGCCGAAUGUCAUCAACUAGUGAACUGCACUUUUCUUGCAACAUCUCAUCAACAAUUCUUCUCUUCUGCGGUACAUUUUCCAAUCAUGUUCGUGGUCUAUCACAUGGUGGUGUUUCUUUUUCUCUUUUUCACUAUAAAUUAAACCUCUGAAUGUCAGUUUUGUGUAGGUGAGAAAGACGUAUUGCUUAGAGAGGUUUGGCAUGAUCGUUUUCCCAUUAGGUGUAAGCACUUCUUCUACAUCACCUUUUUCUUCUCAUUAUAGAGGGUUUAGUCUGGCAAAUUAUUCAAAAUACAACUACAAGAUGUUUGGUAAAGCAACUGUCAAGUGUUAGAAACAGGGUUGGGAAAAAUCUUAAAAUUCACUCUACAGUAGUCAAGCAAAGCCAA